AAAUGUCUGCGGAGGUACCUUUACCCAAACAACAGACGCAAACGUAUCCCGAACCGCAGUAUUUUGUGGAGGACCCUGGUGUCACAGAUGUAAUUUUUCUGGUUGAGGAAAAAGAAAUUCACUUGACAAAAGUAAUUCUCGUGCGAUCCUCUCCGGUUUUCCGGGCCAUGUUUACUUCCGACUUCAAGGAGAAGAAUGAAAGUACGAUAACAUUCCCGAAGAAAAAAUAUGAAGAUUUUGUUCGCUUUCUUCGAAGUUUUUAUCCAGGAGAACAUUUGGAACUGGACGUUUCUGUAAUAGAAAGAAUUCUGCCAUUGGCAAGAGAGUACGGUAUGGACGCCUUGAUGAAGAGUUUUCAUGACUGGCUAUUAGUGGCGGUUGAGUCCCAAAAUAAAGACAUUCUCUUCAAAUUAAAAUGCUUCUAUCUGGCUGCAGUAUACAAUUUUGAAGAACUCUACAACAGAAUGCUGGAAAAUCUUAAGUCUGUUAAAAUUGAUACUUACAAGAAAGAACCAACUUUCAAAUUGAUUCCACCAGAAGGCAGAGCUGAAUUAUUUGAAAAACAUUGUGAAUUUCUUGAAACGAAAUUUUCAAAUUUCCGUAAGAAAAUGUCAGAUGUAAAAUAUAAUAUAGACAAUCUUGAAGUCGUGUGUGAAAAUUGUCAUAAAUACACCUGCAUUUCUAAAGAAGACAAGGAAUGCAUUUGGCGAUAAAAUGUUGUGCAUUUGUUUUGUAUUGUUUACUAAAAAGAACCAUACACUUGUAAAUGUACAA